AUGUCUUUCUUCAUAUCAAACUUCAACCCGAUCGAUGCACUGUCUUCGCCCACAUUCAUCCUCUACUCUGGCACUUUGCUGAACCAAGCAUAUGCAAUUUUGGUGAAUUUUCCUAGACCCAGCAACGGUUUCGCAUAUCCUGGCCACUUCGCUGCACUCGCUAGCAUCAGCGGUGCCAGUACUCUGCUGUCUUUGCCUCUCCUGUUACCCGCGUCAAACGACAGUCCUCUGCAGAUGAUUGGUAACACCCUCAUGACCAUGAGCGUCUCGCUCUUCAGUUGGACAGCAUACACGACACAAAGAGGACGACUACCAGCGAUCUUUGGUGGCAAGACCCCAAACUUUAUCAUUGAUUUUGGGCCAUUUGCCUAUGUUCGCCAUCCCGCCUACACUGCUUAUCUCUUGGGUUGGACCGGAGUCUUUACUGCACUUGCAGGCAGAGAUGAUUCUGGCUGGAGAACACCGGCCUUGGCUGUAUGUCUUCUGGGUCUUGUAGUUGUGUAUCGCACGGGCGUGCAGAUGGAGGAAAAGCAGAUUCUUUCGGGCGAAGAGAACGAUGGAAAGGUCGACCUUGGCAAGAAGUACAGAGAGUACAUGGGCAGAGUCAGAUGCCGAUGGCUCCCUGGUCUAUUCUAG